AUGGAACUGGUGGGGCUGUGGUCCCAUCCAGCAAGCCUGGUGCCUGUUGCCAGGCCUGUUGCCCGAUGUAACUCCUUUAUCGAAAAUCCCUCCGCUCUCAAGAAGCCUCAGGCCAAACUGAAGAAAAUGCACAAUUUAGGACACAAAAACAAUAACCCUCCCAAAGAGCCUCAGCCUAAGAGGGUAGAAGAGGGUGUCCUGUAUGACCUAGACAAGCAAAUUAAAACGAUUGAAAGAUACAUGAGACGCCUGGAGUUUCACAUCAGUAAGGUGGACGAACUCUACGAAGCCUACUGUAUCCAAAGACGCCUCCAAGACGGUGCCAGCAAAAUGAAGCAAGCCUUCGCAGCCUCCCCGGCCAGCAGAGCUGCCCGGGAGAGUCUGUCCGAGAUCAGUCGCAGCUACAGGGAGUACACGGAGAACAUGUGUGCCAUUGAAGCAGAGCUGGAGAAUCUGCUGGGGGAAUUCUCCAUCAAGAUGAAAGGUCUGGCUGGUUUUGCUCGCCUCUGUCCUGGAGAUCAGUAUGAAACCCCAGGGAAUUGGAAAGACCCACAAGAAGGGGGUGGGCGAGGAGGACGGAAGAGGGGGGAGCAGCAGCUGAUUUAUUCCCAUGCCGUGUAUCUCGAAGUGCCGUCCCUGUCCCUCUCUCACCAGGUCACGGAACUCAAAGGGCUCGCCACGCACCUCCUGGUCGGCAGUGUGACCUGCGAGACCAAAGAGCUGUUUGCCGCCCGACCUCAGGUGGUGGCGGUUGACAUCAAUGACCUCGGCACCAUCAAACUGAGCCUGGAGAUCACCUGGUACCCCUUUGACGUGGAGGACAUGGCCCCGUCCUCGGGCGCCGGGAGCAAGGCCGCAGCCCUGCAGAGGAGAAUGUCCAUGUACAGCCAGGGGACCCCGGAGACGCCCACCCUGAAGGACCACUCCUUUUUCCGGUGGCUGCGCCCUCCGGCAGACAAGCCGCGGCGGCUGUCUGUCUUGAGUGCCUUGCAGGACACUUUCUUGGCCAAGCUGCACUGCAGCCGCUCCCUCAGUGACCUGCCCUCCCUCCGGCUGAGACCCAAGGCCGGGCUAGAGUUUUAUUCUAAUCUACCCGAUGACGUCUUUGAAAAUGGCAAGGCCGCUGAGGAGAAAACGCCACUGUCUCUCAGCUUCGGUGACCUGCCCAACGAGGACUGCGCCCUCACCCCGGACCCAGCGGGCUCUCUCUCCAGCGCAGGUGCGGCAAACCCCGAAAUCACCAUCACCCCCGCAGAGCUGAGCCCCAGCAGCCCGUCCUCCCACAACGAGGGCACGGAAGACUCCGGCUCGGCAUCUUCCAGAAACUCCUCGCGAGAGGGCCGGGAGGCCAAGCCGCCCCGGGAGGAGCCCCCAGCCGGGCCCAGGAGCCCCCCAGAGCGCCGAGCGGCGGCAGGUGCUGGGCCGGAGCGCCUGUUCCUGGAGAAGGAGGUGGCCGAGGCGCUCCUGCGGGAGUCCGACGAGGCGUCCGAGCUCAAGCCGGUCGAACUGGACACUUUUGAAGGAAACCUCACGAAGCAGCUGGUGAAGAGGCUGACCUCGGCCGAGGCGCCCGCGGCCGCGGACAGGCUGCUCUCCGAGGGCUCGGUCAGCGGAGAAUCCGAAGGCUGUCGAUCCUUCCUGGACGGAAGCUUGGAGGACGCCUUCAGCGGGCUUUUCCUCGCGCUGGAGCCCCACAAGGAGCAGUAUAAGGAGUUUCAGGAUCUGAACCAAGAAGUCAAGCAUUUGGAUGAUAUUCUAAAAGCCUCCCCGCCAGCCCCGGGCACUGCCUCCAAAGAGUCCCUUCUCCAGACUUGUCCCAACCACCCUUACAGGUCGGUACACCCAGAGGCCAGGGGGCACCUGAGCGAGGCGCUGACAGAAGACACGGGAGUCGGGACCAGUGUGGCCGGAAGCCCCCUCCCCCUGACCACAGGAAAUGAGAGCCUGGACAUCACCAUCGUCAGGCACCUUCAGUAUUGCACCCAACUCGUUCAGCAAAUUGUUUUCUCAAGCAAAACCCCAUUUGUGGCGAGCAACCUCUUGGAGAAGCUUUCUCGGCAAGUCCAGGUGAUGGAGAAGCUGUCAGCCGUCAGCGAUGAGAACAUAGGGAACAUCAGUUCUGUCAUUGAAGCCAUCCCAGAAUUUCACAAAAAGCUGUCUUUGCUGUCAUUCUGGACGAGGUGCUGCAGCCCGGUGGGGGUCUACCACAGCUCGGCUGACAGAGUGAUGAAGCAGCUGGAAGCCAGCUUUGCCAGAACCGUCAACAGAGAAUAUCCAGGACUCGCAGACCCAGUGUUUCGAACACUGGUGUCCCAAAUCCUGGACCAGGCUGAGCCUCUGCUCCCCUCCAGCCUCUCUUCGGAGGUCAUCACCGUUUUCCAAUACUACGGUUACUUCACCAGCCACGGUGUGAGCGACCUAGAGAGCUACUUGAACCAGCUGGCCAAGCAAGUUUCCUUGAUUCAGACCCUGCAGUCGCUGAGAGAUGAGAAACUGCUCCAGGCCAUGAGUGACCUUGCACCGGGCAGCCUCUCAGCCCAGCAGGAAGUACUCGGGACUCUGGCUGUGCUGCUGACUGGCGAUGACCAGGAAGCCCGUGAGGCUGUGAUGCUGUACUUGACCGCAGCCUCCAGAAACGAGCACUUCAGGGAAAAGGCCUUGCUGUAUUACUGUGAGGCACUGACAAAGGCAAACCCCCAGCUCCAGAGGGCAGCCUGCCUGGCCCUGAAAAGCUUGCAGAAAAUACGAUCCUUGGUGCUGGACAAAACACCUCUUUUUAAACCAUCCCCAGCCUCCCAGCUCCUGAAAGGGGCUCUGGGCAGCAUGGUGUGA